AUGGGCUUCAUCAACGAAAUCGUCAAGAACAUCGCGCCGAUAUUCUAUGGCGACCAAAUCUACUCGAUGCACCGCACGCGCUCGUCCGCCGGCUUCUCGCUCGACAUCCCGCUGAUCAUGCUGCUCGCCAGCAUCCUCAAAGUAUACUACUGGUUCGGCUCGCACUUCAGCACAUCGCUGCUGAUCCAGGCGCUGCUCAUGAUCGUCGUACACGUGCUGUGCCUGCACGUUGCGCUGACUAAUCGACCUGCGCCCUCUCAUCUCCCCUUUCAAAUCGCACCCGGCGCGCGCAAACGGCCCUAUGAUUUCUGGCAGUGGAGGCAGCCGCGCCCGUACUGGAGUUUCCUGAGCUACUUCACGGGCGUGCUACUGAUCAUGCAUUUGCUGAUGAGCUCGACGAGCAUGUUCAUCCCGUACACGGAUGUCCUGGGCGCCGUGGCCCUGACCAUCGAAGCAACCCUGCCGCUCCCUCAACUCUACUCCAACUACACCCGCCGCGGCUGCAAAGGGUUCCGCCCCAGCGUGAUUGUAAACUGGGUGAUUGGCGACACGUUCAAGAUGUGGUUCUUCUUCGCCAGCAGCAGCGGCGAAGUCCCCUGGGCAUUCAAAGCAUGCGGUGUCUUCCAGGCUACAUGCGACCUCGGGCUUGCGCUGCAAUAUCUCGUCUGGGGCGACGGGCCCGAGGGCAAAGUCAGCACGAGCCCCGUGCCGCUGGACGAUACGCUGCUCGGAGGGGAGAAAGUCGGCGACGCGGGGAUUGAAAUGCAAGAAGGCAGAGUGUGGGAGAGGCCGAGGGUGUUGUAG